CGACAGUUGGUUUUGUUCCAUCGUGAGAAACUCAUGUAAUGUUUUUAUGUCGGGUUUUUAAGUUCUAUGUGGGCAGCUUUGUCAAUUUUCAAAAUGUUUUGAUUGUGCUAAAGGAUACGGUUAUUGAAAAUAACAAAACUUUGUGAACAUUGACCAUCAUGCGUAGUUUAGCAGUUCUACUAGCAUUAAUGAUGAUUUUAACAAGACUGAAUGGCUCACACAGUAGAUCUCAAUCACAUCAUUUUUCGCAAUUUAGAAAUACCACUAGGUUAAGAAAUGUAACCAAUACCGCGAAUUCCAAGUAUAAAUCAGAACAUCAAGAAACUUACAUGGGAAUGGCAUUCCCUGAUCCUACAAUGCAGUCAAGGCGAUAUAAGAAAACUGAAAGUUGUCCCGAAGGUCUUUGUGAAUAUACGGAUGAUUACCCUAUGGAUAUAAUAGAAAAUUUCUUGGAAUCGACGCCAAAACUAAAAGAAUACUUUAAUGGAUUGGUCAACAAUUUACCGGAUAUUAAUAACAGGGAUCCAUUUGCCGAAGAAGAAACGCUUUGUUCGGUGACGAAAAAAACUGUUUUUCCAAAAAAAGCCCUUAAUCUUAACAAAGAAGAAAAAACUAUUAUUAAUCAGGGUCCAUACAAACAAGGAAUUGAGUAUGACCUAUGUGGGACAGACGGGGGAACUUGUAAAUAUACCGAAAAUUUUCCUGAAAACAUGCAAGCAACUUGCAAACAAAAAUACAACGUUCGCCGAUUAAUGGUUUACAACGGAAAUGAUACCAACAGAGUUUUUGACGAUUUUCGAGUUCCUUCAUGCUGUGUGUGUAUGAUAAAAACAACUGUACAUUAAGUUAUUAAGUUAUUAAGUUUGAAUAUAGAUUUUUACAAUUUA